AUGAAAGCAAGAGAUGAGAGCUCGUUGGAGAAACCCGAAAUGGCAGGGGAUAUGAGAUCCAUUUCGGAUGUAUCAGAUGGAGAGCAUGUUUAUGUCUAUGCGAGUCUGUGUAAAGGUGUGAGAGUCAGGGUGGGGGGGGAAUGGGAAUUGAGGAAAGAAUGGGAAAAGAAUCAGAAAUAUGCCCAGUCCAGCAGAGAGAUAAGUCAUGGGAGUUCGCAAGAUGGAUUAUGGGACUGGAGUUCGUUACCUUUGUUCGCACAAACCCGGCCUAUAGAAUCACAAUCAACACCGAUACAUACCUACUCGAGGAACAUAACUGAACAACUAGAUAUGGUUGAAGUAGUGUCCCGCGCAUUUGAUGUGGUUAUAUCCGUAGUAAAUGAUGUCCUAGAUGCAGCCAAAUUGGAUGCGCAUAAGCUCACAUUGAUGAACCGCAUCUUUGAUUUAUGGGCGCUUGUAGAGAAGAUUGUGACAAUGUUUGGUGAGCGUGUUGGCGCAAGGAAGCUUGAAUUGAUUGUUCUAUACGACCCGGAGACUCUUUCGAGAUAUGUAAAGGCGGAUCCAGAGAGACUGCAACAAGUGAUAAUGAAUCUGUUAUCUAACGCGAUCAAAUUCACAGAUAAUGGUGAAAUUAUGAUAAAGGUAUCAAUAAAAAACAAAUAUCUGAUAUUGGUGUCCG